AUGGAUCACCUAUCCGAUUUUCUCCCCACCAACAUCCAAGCUUACUUACAAUCGCAGUCGCUUUCGCCAACGACGAGCGCCGGCUACGCGGGUCUUGCAUUGCUCGUGCUCUAUGCAAUAUCCAAGGUCGUCAGCAGGCCCAAGUACGCGCUACCCCUGCCACCUGGCCCGCCGGCGAAGUGGUUCUUUCAGCCGCCUUUUCCCUCGCGCAAUAUCGCUCACUAUCUGGAAGACCUAACGGAGGAGUACGGUCCCGUAUACACUAUCAAACAGGGGAGCAAUUUGAUCGUCGUUAUCGGGAGGAUGCAGGCGGCUACCGAGAUUAUGGAGAAAUACGGCGGGUCGAAUAUCGAUCGUCCUCGCAAUAUCGUAGGCAACGAGCUGCUCACGCAGUCAGGCCGGCUACUUAUGGAGACCGGAGGAGACCGCUUUAGGAGGAUGCGCAAAGCCGCACACAUCGCCCUGCAGCCCAAAGCCGCCGAAUCGUACGAGCCUAUCCAGCUCACCGCAGCGCGCACCGUCAUCCUCAACCUGCUCCGCGACCCAGCGCGCUUCACGGAGCACAUGAAGACGUACGCCGCGUCAGUUGUACUUCGCAUCACGUACGGCAAGCGCACGCCGACAUCGUUCCACUCGCCCGAGGUGCAGCGCGUGCACGUGGUCCUUGAGCGUGUCCAGACGACGUUCGUGCCUGGAGCCUACCUUGUAGAGCUCUUGCCGUUCUUGAAGGUGUUCCAUAGGCUCGGGGGCAUGCGGCGGAUCUGUGACGCGUUGGAAGGCGUGGGGUUGACGUGGAUGAGCAGGGUGGUUGGUGCGUUUGGAUGGGAAUUAGCGCAGUGGCGGAAGGAUGAGAGGGGCUUGGUAUUGGGACUUGUAAACAGGGUGAAGAAGGAGAUGGACGAAGGCACCGCAAGCGCAUCAUUCACGCGACACAUGCUCGAGACACAAGACGUACAUGGCCUCCCUGAAGACACCAUGGCUUAUGUCUCGCUCGGCCUUUUCGGUGCAGGAAGUGACACUACUGCCCUUGCCCUCACCCACGCGAUGAUGGUCGCCGCCGUCUUCCCCGAGACGCAAGCGCGCGUUCAGGCUGAGAUCGACGCGGUCGUAGGGCGCGACAGGGUCCCUACAUUCGAGGACCACGAUAAACUACCGCAGCUACUUGCGUUCGCACAGGAGCUGUUGAGAUUCAGACCAAUCGUGCCGAUCGGUCUCGCUCACAAGGCCAACAAGGAUAUCGUUUACAAUAACUACUUGAUCCCUGCUGGAGCAACCAUUCUCGGUACCGGAUGGGCGAUAUCCCGCGACCCCGAAGCAUUCCCGAACCCCCACGCGUUCGAUCCCCAAAGAUGGCUCGACGCGGACGGGAAGCUCAGGUCGGACAUGAAGUACUAUCCGUUUGGAUUUGGAAGGCGUGUGUGUCCAGGUCAACACGUCGCGAACCGUUCCAUCUUUAUCAACCUUGCCCUUAUCUUUUGGGCAUUUACGAUCAAGCCUGCGCCUGGGAAGCCGCUCGACAUCGACUCGUGGACGGAUGGCCCAGCAUCACGCUUGCCGCCUUUCGAGGUCAAGUUCGAACCGCGGAAGAGCGAAGAGGUGAUUAUGAGGGCUUUGGAUGAGUUUAGGGAUGGGGAGGUCGAGGAGGAAGCAUAG